AUGGCCACCAACCACACUCUUUCGCUGUGUUCUGAUCCGAAAUAUGUCUUCCAGUCCUUUGAUAAUCUCGGCAACUGCUAUAACGCAAUCGGGGACACAUUAGGUUCUAACUUUACGAUUGUUGUGGAAACAUGCCUGAACGAUUACUGCAAGAACCCAUAUCCUGGUCUAGGUGGCUGUGGGAAUUGGCAUGGCACGGCAUCCCUUCCCUUCGUUGUCAACACCACGAAGGGCAACCAGACCUUCUCGAACAAUGCCACCUGCGCCGGGGUCAGUGAGGGGGUCAAUACGGACAUUGGAGGACCUGGCGUCUUCGUCUCCUACUUGAUGCAACUAGGAAUAGUCUUUUAUUUCUGGAUUUUCCUCCGCACAUUUCGCCUCUUCCCACUCCUAAUCUUCUUCUGCACUAGAAGAAAGCAGCCUCGCAAAACAACACCUCCCACAAACCGAACCAAAGGAAACGUCAUCCCCAAAAUCCGUCAUUACUUCACUCAGCACGACCGUAUCACAAGGGUAAUCCUCGUCGAAUUCCAAGAAGCCCAAUGCUUCUUCAUGAUCGCCUCGCAAGCCGCAAUUCUGCUCGCUAAGAAGUCAACUACCAUCUUCCAAUCUAACACCAUGCCUUCCCUCCGGGCAAACAACGGUAUUGCAGGGAUAGUUUCCAGCGCCGGUAUAUUGCCGAUUGUCAUGGGUAUGUGGAGUCUCCAGAAGAUGCACCUGACAGAGCCCUGGAUUUUUUUCUUGUCUGUUACCACCAUCAUCGUGUCUGAAUUCGCGUUGUACUGGACGCAUGAGACGCCAUCGGUUGAUCAACUCAGUGCCUUUGACUAUAACGGAUGGCCGGAAAGUUGUGGUGGGUAUGCGCCGCCAUUGAUUUACUGUGCGGAUCAGACCGAGGACUUCUUCCUAAGGACCCCGCUCCGCUUUUUCUGGGACGUGCUCAAUCCUUACUGUUUGACUGUGUUUGGACUGAAUGUCAUCUUGUGGUUUCGGCCAUAUGUUGUCAAGAUGGUGGAUAUUGAGGGGGUUUGUCAGAGGACUUUCGCUGGUCUCGGCCUCCGAAAUUUCCCGUCAAGAGUUCGACGACUACUCGCUUCGACUUGGGGCGAAUGGUUUAAGAAACUACCCAGUCUGCUCACGUGCUGUGUUGAGUCGCUCUUUCUCGCGGCUGUCUUUCUGGAAUGUUUAUGUUUUGCCCUGUUUGAGCGCCUCAAGGUGAUCGACUUUUCGGGCUGGGGUUUUGGCCAGAUUGUCGCGAUGACCAUCUGGUUCCCUGUGGCCAGCAAAUAUGCGUAUCUCAUUUUAUUUGGCACCGAGGCUUACUCGCAAGCUCGCAUGCCUGAGUCCGAUUCCACCGAUAAGUAUAAAGAGAAAACUAACAAAGACGCCGAUGAUGUUGAAUCGGCGGCUCCCCAGUCCUCCGAUGUUAUCGAGCACAAGGCCCAGGAUAGGCAUGAAGCAGGUCAAUGA